AUGUCUUUCGAAAUCAAAGUGUUUUCCCGCUCUGUUUGUCAGUACCUGAUGAUGUGGAUCUGGUCGUGGGAAAAAUGUGGGGAGUCUAGCCUGGUGCUACUGCGGUUCCUCACCCUGGCUUUGUCUGUAGGGAACCUUUCAACCAGGGGACAGGAGGAAGGGGCAGCCUCCAACAGUCUGGAGGAUGAGCUGGAGUCCACCACAUACUGGUGGGGGGAGUGGGCCAAGUGGACCGCCUGCACGCGCACCUGUGGAGGUGGGGUCAUGUCCCAGGAGAGGCACUGUCUCAAACAGAGAAAGAAAGCAGCCGCUGGUAGAGACAACAUGACCUGCACUGGCACUAAGAAAAAAUACCUCCUCUGUAACACCAAGGACUGCCUUUCCUCUGGGAGAAGCUUCAGGGAAGAGCAGUGCUGGUCGUUCAACUCACAGGUCUACAAUGGCAGGAACUACCACUGGAAACCCCUGUAUCCGGAUGACUAUGUCCAUAUCUCCAGUAACCCAUGUGACCUGCACUGCACCACAGCCGACGGCCCGAGACAGCUGAUGGUUCCUGCUCGAGACGGAACAUCCUGCAAGUACAGCAACUACAGAGGGGUCUGUGUGGAUGGCAGAUGUGAGCCAAUCGGGUGUGAUGGAAUGCUCUUCUCGCCCAAUACACUGGAUACGUGUGGAGUGUGUCAGGGGGAUGGCAGCAGCUGCAGCAGGGUCAAUGGAAACUUCCGCCGCGGGGCCACCAGUUUGGGUUACUACUUUAUCACAACAAUCCCUGAGGGCUCCUGGGACAUCCAGAUCAUUGAGAGGAAGAAGUCAGCUGAUGUUUUGGCUGUGACUGAUCAGGCGGGGAACUUCUUUUUCAAUGGAAACUACAAGGUGGACAGCCCCCAGAACUUCCAUGCGGCGGGUACCGUCUUCAAGUACCGGCGGCCCAUGGAUGUGUAUGAGACGGGAAUCGAGUACAUCGUAGCCAAAGGGCCCAUCAACCAGGCCAUCAAUGUUCUGGUGUGGAACCAGAAUGGUCAUAUCCCUUACAUUACGUACGAGUACACCGUCCUACGGGAGUUCCUGUCCCCCGUCCCUCAACCCCCUGUCUACACCGGUCCCGACAGCACCGCCCCUGGGGUUUCCGUGGAGAUGGGCAGUAUGGUGGCCCCCAACGGGAGCACGUAUGACAAGGCGAUACCUGAGACUCAGCAGAACCGUUUGUUGAAGAAGGGGGCCGGGAUGGCACGGGCCGAGGGCCAGGAGACCAAUGAGGUGUAUGAGGAGACAGCAGCCAUUGACUGUGACCAGGACAGCCCAACCCCACCACAAUACACAGAUGGCAACAGCAGUCACACAGGCGGUGUAGCAGUCCCUGCCCCGGCAGCCAGCAGGCCUUUAGAGGAGAAGCCAGACCCAGAGAACCUCAUCUGGAGAGUCUUGCUGGGCGAGCGGAUUGGUCCAGACGCGGGAGAGGGACUGUUCUCGUCGGAGGUGGGGACAUUGGAGGUAGACCAUAGCAGCGUGAAGUUCCCCCUCAAAAGCUCACUGGGGGAGUUCAGUCUGGACCGGCGGAGGAAUGAUACUGGAGACCUGCUGUUCCCCAACAGGACGUUGCUGACAGGGAUGAGGAGCAACAACCGUACCAACAGAACCAGGACCAUUCGUGUGAGACCUUGUUGUCAUGUUGUGUUUGACAGGACCAUUCGUGUGAGACCUUGUUGUCAUGUUGUGUUUGACAGGACCAUUCGUGUGAGACCUUGUUGUCAUGUUGUGUUUGACAGGACCAUUCGUGUGAGACCUUGUUAUCAUGUUGUGUUUGACAGGACCAUUCAGAGGUUCCUGCAGAAGAACUUCAAGCUGAGCCCUGCAGACAUGUACCGCUGGAAACUGUCUUCUCAGGAACCCUGCACCUCCACCUGCUCUAUAGGAGUGUCAAAGUCCUUUGCCAUGUGUGUGCGCUACGAUGGAGCUGAGGUAGAUGACAUGCAGUGUGACAAUAUGACCCGACCUGAGCCUGUUCAUGACUUCUGCAUUGGGAGGGAGUGCCAGCCCAGGUGGGAAGGCAGCAGCUGGAGUGAGUGUUCUCGUACCUGUGGUGAGGGCUUCCAGUUCCGUCUGGUGCGCUGCUGGAAGAUGCUGUCCCCCGGGCUAGACAGCUCUGUGUACAGUGAUCUCUGCACCAUGGCAGAACUGGAGAGGCCCCUGGAGCGCCGCGCCUGUAAGAGCCCCACCUGUGGCCCCCAAUAGGAGGUGGCCGAGUGGACUGAGUGUCCAGCCAAGUGUGGCCGCAGGGCCCAGGUGACCCGGGAGGUCAGGUGUUCAGACGAAACCAAGUUAUGUGAACCCCCGACCCGCCCCCCUAACAUUAAGAACUGCACAGGCUCGCCCUGCGAGCGCCAGUGGACUGUGUCAGAGUGGGGGCCGUGCUCGGGGUUGUGCGGCCAGGGGAAGAUGGUACGCCACGUGUACUGUAAGACACCAGAGGGCCAUGUGGUGCCUGAAUCCCAGUGCUCUCCGGAGAAUAAGCCCCUGGCCAUCCAUCCCUGUGGGGAGAAGGACUGUGCCCCACACUGGCUCACUCAGGACUGGGAGAGGUGUAACACGACAUGUGGCCGCGGUGUGAAGUGGAGGAUCGUGCAAUGCGCCGGCAUCACUGCUGGGAAGUUCCAGACCCACGACGACGAGGACUGUGGUGCCAGUGAGAGGCCAGAGGACGAGAACUCCUGCUUUGAGAGGCCCUGUUUCAAGUGGUACACCACACCCUGGUCUGAGUGCACUAAGAUGUGUGGUGUGGGUGUUAGGAUGAGAGAUGUAAAGUGCUACCAGGCUAGGGAGAUCGUGAGAGGGUGUGACCCCAUGACCAAGCCUGUGGCCAAGCAGACCUGCGCCCUGCAACCCUGUCCCACUGAACCCCCAGAUGAGAGCUGUCAGGACCGACCCACCACCAACUGCUCUCUAGCUCUGAAGGUGAACCUGUGCAGUCACUGGUAUUACAGCAAGGCCUGCUGCCAUUCCUGCAGGGCCCAGCACACCUCUUAGUAUUGCCUGACACCCCCAAAGCCUUUCCCCCAUAGUAGACUACUCUACUACACCCCAGUAGGCUACUCUACUUCACCACACUAGGCUACUCUACUACACUACAGUAGACUACUCUACUACACCACACUAGGCUACUCUACUUCACCACAGUAAGUUACUCUACUACACCACACUAGGCUACUCUACUUCACCACAGUAAGUUACUCUACUUCACCACACUAGGCUACUCUACUACACCACAGUAAGUUACUCUACUACACCACACUAGGCUACUCUACUACACCACAGUAAGUUACUCUACUACACCACACUAGGCUACUCUACUACACCACAGUAGGCUACUCUACUACACUACAGUAGACUACUCUACUACACCACACUAGGCUACUCUACUUCACCACAGUAAGUUACUCUACUACACCAUACUAGGCUACACUACUACACCACUGUAGGCUACUUUACUACACCAUAGUAGGCUACUCUACUACACCACACUAGGCUACUCUACUACACCACAAUAGGCUACUCUACUACACCACACUAGGCUACUCUACUACACCACACUAGGCUACUCUACUACACCACAGUAGGCUACUCUACUACACCACAGUAGGCUACUCUACUACACCACAGUAGGCUACUCUACUACACCCCAGUAGACUACUCUACUACACCCCAGUAGACUACUCUACUACACCACAGUAGGCUACUCUACUACACCACAGUAGGCUAGUCUACUACACCAGAGUAGGCUACUCUACUACACCGCAGUAGGCUACUCUACUACACCACAGUAGACUACUCUACUACACCGCAGUAGGCUACUCUACUACACCGCAGUAGGCUACUCUACUACACCGCAGUAGGCUACUCUACUACACCACAGUAGACUACUCUACCACACCACACUAGGCUACUCUACUACACCACACUAGGCUACUCUACUACACCACAGUACGCUACUCUACUACACCCCAGUAGGCUACUCUACUACACCACAGUAAGCUAGUCUACUACACCAGAGUAGGCUACUCUACUACACCACAGUAAGCUAGUCUACUACACCAGAGUAGGCUACUCUACUACACCAGAGUAGGCUACUCUACUACACCACAGUAAGCUAGUCUACUACACCCCAGUAGGCUACUCUACUACACCACAGUAAGCUAGUCUACUACACCAGAGUAGGCUACUCUACUACACCAGAGUAGGCUACUCUACUACACCACAGUAAGCUAGUCUACUACACCCCAGUAGGCUACUCUACUACACCACAGUAAGCUAGUCUACUACACCAGAGUAGGCUACUCUACUACACCACAGUAAGCUGGUCUACUACACCACAGUAGACUACUCUACUACACCACAGUAGGCUACUCUACUACACCACAGUAGGCUACUCUACUACACCACAGUAGGCUAUACUACACCACAGUAGACUACUCUACUACACCACAGUAGACUACUCUACUACACCACAGUAGGCUACUCUACUACACCACACUAGGCUACUCUACUACACCACAGUAGGCUACUCUACUACACCCCAGUAGGCUACUCUACUACACCACAGUAAGCUAGUCUACUACACCACAGUAGACUACUCUACUACACCACAGUAGACUAUUCUACUACACCACAGUAGACUACUCUACUACACCACAGUAGACUACUCUACUACACCACAGUAGACUACUCUGCUACACCACAGUAGACUACUCUGCUACACCACAGUAGGCUACUCUACUACACCACAGUAGGCUACUCUACUACACCAGAGUAGGCUACUCUACUACACCAGAGUAGGCUACUCUACUACACCACAGUAGACUACUCUACUACACCACAGUAGACUACUCUACUACACCACAGUAGACUACUCUACUACACCACAGUAGACUACUCUACUACACCACAGUAGACUACUCUACUACACCACAGUAGGCUACUCUACUACACCACAGUAGGCUACUCUACUACACCACAGUAGUCUACUCUACUACACCACGGUAGACUACUCUACUACACCACAGUAGACUACUCUACUACACCACAGUAGACUAUGGUAUAUCCGAAGGGAUAUGAUCUAAAUAAGGAAAAAACAGUAGAAUAUGAAAGGCUUCAGUCUGAACCACAACCACAUACCUUUCUUUCAGAGGUUGUCAAUUGGGCACAUGCAAAGACUGAAACCCUGAAGUAUUAAGAGUCAAGGGGGGAGACGAGAGAGCAAAGAGUGAACUGGUGCAUCUAUUUGUCUUUUGAAGAGAGAAUCCUACAUCAGAAAUCUCUUAAACCACACUUAAGGGCCAUACUUAAGUGGAAAGAUUCAUCAAAUUAUUUCCUGGUUGACUAUACUGCAUGUCUAGACUGUAUUUAAGGUAAAUAUUGAUUAUGAAUAUUAUUUAAUUAUAUUUUAAUUCGUUUCUGGCACAAGAAAGGUGGCCUUACUGCGUGUUAUAGUACAAUAUGUCAAAGAAAAGUUUAAGAAAAUGUCUCAAGAUUCAUUUCUGCUUCAUCUCUUGUAACUGCCCCAUUUUAUUCUGCCCAUUAUAUUGUUAUUCUGCCCAUACUGCUAUUUCUAUAUUAUUAGUUAUUUUUGCAGGACAUACAAUUUAUUUAUUGCUCAUCACACAUGAUUUUAUCAAUCAUGGCAUAUAAUUCUUGAAGUUACUAAAUGGCAGUUAGCUAAAUGUGAAUGAGAGAGUGAAUUGAGAGGGUCAGACUAAAGACAUACAGUAUGACUAUACAGGUAUCCCAUUUAUGAACUGAAAGAUUCCUGACACUUGAGAAGGUUGAAAUACAUUCAAGAGUGUGUGUCUCAUUUUGACAAUAUCUUUAUCUAGUUUACUGCUUUUGUUAACUGAUACCUCUUUGUACAAAAAAGUUAUCGUUGACAUUUUGUACUGUUAUUAACUGAAAUGCUCAA